UCAGGCUUGACGGGUUUAAUAUUCAGCUUUACAUAUUCACACGGUUGUCAUAGAAGAACUCGAAUGAAGUGGUUGGUGGUCGGAAUAAUGAUGGUGAGCCUCUUCGGCGCCGCUCACGGACGAGAUUAUAAUGAUGGAAGGAUUGUGGCUGUAAAAACCACCAAGACCGCAUUCAUCCUCACCACCACAACCAUCGGCACACCUUACACUUGCUAUGCUGCCGAGAACCAGGUUGUGUGUCAGCGGCGGAGGCUCAGGAGAUACUCUUCCUUGCCAGACCAAAUAGAUGCAUCAAACCACCCCAUGCUUGACGGCUCGCUGAUUGAGAACUCGGAGAUGGAAGGGAAGAGAGAGAGAGAGAAACGCCUGUCCUUCACAUUGUGGGUGACGACCUCUUCCACUUUCACCAUCACAUCCACCUCUAUCAAUAGUGCCACCACAUUCUCCCUCUCCUUCUACUGUACUGUGAGCAAUGCAUCUUUCCCACCUCGGUGCUAAACUUCUAAGAAACAUUUUCGUGGCAGGAAGGAGAGGGAUGUUCAUAGGCAUCUGACUUGUAAACAUCAAGACGAAGAAGGCUCAGUGAUGUCUUGGUGAGGGCGUCCUUGCUCUCGGUACCAUAUCCUGAAAAUGUAUUUUCCUGUUCCAACGACAAGUAAUACUUGAGGAAAUGAAUUUGUAAAUAUUUCAGUGUUAUUACACGGGUCAGUUAUGAAAA